UGCGCGGCCGCCGCCGCCGCCGCGGGCCCGGAGCUCAUUUGUGCCUGGCUGGUCCCCGCGCUCCCCGGUGCCGAGCCGGAGCCGUUGGCCGCUCGCGCGCUUGGCUCUCUCCCUUAGUAACAGCUCCCCUCCUGCCUCGGUGCUGCGCCCUGCCCCCGCGCCCCUCCCCCGCCCGACCCGCCGCCCGGCUGUCAGCGCCCGCACCCCAGGGCGCCUAGGGGUGCCGACGGCGGCCAGGAGGGGAGCGCCGCACGUCCGGGAGGGGACAGCGUCUCCAAGCAGCCUCAGCAACUUGUGUUUGGUGGUCAGAUAUCCAGUUGUACAUUCUCACAUCAAUGCACUGCCAAUGGGUUAUAUCCUGUGUUGUGACCUCAUGGUUUAAGUGGGAAUAAAGAUGAGUAUAAGCAGUGAUGAGGUCAACUUCCUGGUAUAUAGGUACUUGCAAGAGUCAGGAUUUUCUCAUUCCGCAUUUACCUUUGGUAUAGAGAGCCAUAUAAGUCAGUCCAAUAUAAAUGGUGCCCUUGUCCCACCUGCCGCAUUGAUCUCUAUCAUCCAGAAAGGCCUACAGUAUGUAGAGGCAGAAGUUAGCAUAAACGAGGAUGGCACCUUAUUUGAUGGUCGACCUAUAGAGUCUCUGUCCCUGAUCGAUGCUGUCAUGCCUGAUGUUGUCCAAACAAGACAACAAGCCUACAGAGACAAACUUGCACAGCAACAUGCAGCCGCUGCUGCAGCUGCUGCCGCAGCCACUAACCAACAAGGAUCUGCAAAAAAUGGAGAGAAUACAGCAAAUGGGGAGGAGAAUGGAGCACACACCAUCACAAAUAAUCAUACUGAUAUGAUGGAGGUAGAUGGGGAUGUUGAAAUCCCUCCCAAUAAAGCAGUUGUGCUACGGGGCCAUGAAUCUGAAGUUUUCAUCUGUGCCUGGAACCCUGUUAGUGAUCUCCUGGCAUCAGGGUCUGGAGACUCCACAGCAAGAAUAUGGAAUCUUAGUGAGAACAGCACGAGUGGUCCCACACAGCUGGUCCUUCGACAUUGCAUACGGGAAGGGGGGCAGGAUGUUCCCAGCAACAAGGAUGUCACUUCUCUAGAUUGGAAUAGUGAAGGUACACUUCUAGCAACUGGGUCAUACGAUGGAUUUGCCAGAAUAUGGACUAAAGAUGGUAAUCUUGCCAGCACCUUGGGGCAGCAUAAAGGCCCUAUAUUUGCAUUAAAAUGGAAUAAGAAAGGAAAUUUCAUCCUAAGUGCUGGCGUAGAUAAGACUACCAUUAUUUGGGAUGCACACACUGGUGAAGCCAAGCAGCAGUUCCCUUUCCAUUCAGCCCCAGCACUGGAUGUCGACUGGCAGAGCAACAACACCUUCGCGUCUUGUAGCACAGAUAUGUGCAUUCAUGUCUGCAAAUUGGGACAAGACAGACCUGUCAAAACAUUCCAGGGACACACGAAUGAAGUAAACGCUAUCAAAUGGGACCCAACUGGCAAUCUCCUGGCCUCGUGUUCAGAUGACAUGACCUUAAAGAUUUGGAGUAUGAAGCAAGAUAACUGUGUCCAUGAUUUGCAAGCACAUAAUAAAGAAAUUUAUACUAUUAAAUGGAGUCCAACAGGACCAGGGACAAAUAAUCCAAAUGCCAAUCUUAUGCUAGCAAGUGCGUCCUUUGAUUCUACAGUUAGGUUAUGGGAUGUAGACCGAGGCAUUUGUAUCCAUACUUUGACAAAACACCAAGAACCUGUGUACAGUGUGGCUUUCAGCCCUGAUGGCAGGUAUCUGGCAAGUGGUUCUUUUGACAAAUGUGUACACAUCUGGAACACACAGACAGGUGCUCUAGUUCACAGUUACAGGGGAACCGGUGGGAUUUUUGAAGUUUGCUGGAAUGCAGCAGGAGACAAAGUUGGAGCCAGUGCAUCAGACGGUUCAGUGUGUGUCUUAGACCUUCGGAAAUAGCGUUACUAGUUGGAAGCCAUGGACCGACUAUGAAUGUGUACAUAGCCACAAGACUAUCCCUGACCUACAUCCUGCUAUAGUCCCACUUGAACCAUGGCCAGUCCACUACAGCCAAAUCUAAGAGAAAUAUAUACAUGCAGUAUAUAUGAACACAGCUGUACCCUGAAGAUGAGUCUCUUCCCAGCUUGUGAAUUCUGCUCACCAAGUGCUGGGAUCUAACCUGCUGUGCCCCUAAGUAGCAUUUAGAAGUUUGGAUAUGAAAAGCAGAAGAGAUGGAAUAUGCGUUAUAAGAGCAAACCACACAUGUACCAGUUUUGGAUAUUAAUAACAGCCUUGUUUCUCUCUUUAAAUCAGCCGACACCAUGGAUUAUAUUCUUUUUUCCCUUCAGUAGUGCACAGUUUGUAUGUACAGAGAACAAGGACUUAACAAAAACUUGCGGCGGUAGUUCGUUCUUCCUUUCAAGUUUGUUUUGGUUUAGAUUAUGGAUGCAUGAAGUAAGGGAGUGAAUCAUUUUCUUGCUUUUAUUUUUCCUUACCUUUUAAAAAAAAAAAAUCUUAAAAAUAUUUUACUGCAUUCUUUGGAAAGGUAGAUGUUUGGUACAUUUUAUGGCUCCCAGAGCAUAUAUUCAGUUGAUGCAUAUUGUGAAGGAGUUGGAAUUAAAGGAAACCACAUGACGCCUGUCAUGUUACUCUCUAAGACACAUCAGCAAAGGGUAUUAUGUUAUCUUUCUUUUGGGGUUUUGUUUUUGUUUUAUGUGUGUGCGUCUGUGUGUGUGUGUGUGUGAGAGAGAGAGAGAGAAAGAAAUAAUAGCUUAAGUAAAAUAGUUUUUUCUUGGGGACGUAUUUCUGCCAAUUAAAGACUAGAAGGGCACAAUUUUUUUUUAAAUACCAUAAAGAAGAGACACAUUUUUUUUUUAAAAAAAAUAAAUCUUCUGAUGUUUUGCAGCCAUAACUAAAUUAUGGUCAAAAUGUGCACUAUUAUGAGAAUGAGCAACGUAGGAUGGGGCUUUUUUUUUUCUUUUUCUUUUUUUAACCAUUUGUCUGUUUUACUUAUUUCUUAAGAGAUUAAAAUAUUUCUGGAUAAGGAUUAGCUUCUCAAAGUGUCCAUCAUUUUGUAUAGAAGCUUAAAUAUGUAAUGUAACCAGAUUCCAGUAUUAAAAAUCUCUCAUGUUAUUUUUCUUUUUUACAAAGCAAGAUUAUGGCAUAUAACACUGCCAUUACUUGGUAAAAUGUUUGCUACCUUAGUUUUAAAAACAACUUUUAAAGGCUUGCUUAGAGGUUUCUGAGUAGCGGUGACUGAGAGUUCAGGGAGAACUGUGGCUGCUGUGCCACUCUGCCUGCAUCUGUGGCUUCAAGGCUGCACUUUGUCAAGCAACGUAGAUCUAAGCUGCUGUUUUCCAGUAAUCACUACUAUAUCAUGUCUUCUACUCUGUUCAUAUCAAGUAUUUUUUAAAGAUAUAGGCAUCCAAUCAGAUCUCUUCUUGUGCUCAGCUGAAAGUACAAUAUACCUACAAAUAUUCACUAGAGGCCAUGUUUGCGAAGGUGCUUAUUAACAGGAGAAUCCCAGGUGUGUCGCUUCUGAAGAGAACAGUUGUCAAAUUUAUAUCUUUAAAUUUUGUAUUAAGAAAUUGCUUAGAAAAUUUAUAACACUAUUUGCGUCACUAGUUCUUUUGAGGCCUUUGACUGCUGAGUCCCACCCUGUGUUUUGGUAAGCGUCUCGAACCCAGCCCUGCAGCCUCGAUGCUCAGUAUCUGCUGCUUUGUUCUUUGCAAAACAGCAUUGAUUGACUCAAGUCUUGUCUUCACUAAGGUAGGGUAGCAUUUGCUUUUGGUAAAGAGGGUGAAUACACUUAAAUUUCACUAUACAUUGUUAUAUCUCCCCAUUGUUCUUAGUGGGGUCUGGGAUACUGUAAUAAUAUUUUUAAAAUUUACACCCAGAGAGGCAGUCGUUUAUGGUUUGUGCCAGGUAUUUUUAGGGUUGAAUUCACUGAGAUAUGUAGAGCUCACUGCUCUGGGGCUCUGUAGGAAAUUUACAAUGCUGAGUAUCUGGCACUUGUGAUUCUGCUUAUACUGAGAGGGUCACAUCUGUUGGCCUCUGUUGUUGUUUAAAAAAAUAAUAAAAAUAAAAAAAAUGUGUGCAAUAAUUUUUAAAUGUGCUCCCAGGAAUAGAUACAAACGUUUGAGCAUGCCUGCGCUGCAUUUCCUUCAGCGGUGCGUUUCUCAGUUGCACUGAAUCUAAGCAGAAGUCAGAGGUGGUUGCUGAUAGUGCUUUGUAUUUUGAUAUGACAUUUUAUUCAUUUGCAUACAGUCAUUGACAUUCUUCCCAGCUGAUUCAAAGACAGUCACAAAUUCCUGCAAUACAGCUGCCAGAAUGAGAGCUGAAUUUUAUGAUGUUGUCUUGCUUCCUGUUGGGUGUUUGUUGGUUUGGUUUCUUUUCCUCCUUCUUUGGCUAUUUUACUUCAGCACCUAACUAUGACAGGAUGUCUAACAGAGCAUCAGUGCAGAGCUUUCUGUCCCCAAGUCUUAGGUCUUGGAUCUUUCUGGACAGACUUGUCUGAAGGUAUGUCCAUCUUUAGGCUGGUGGUGCUUUGUGAGCAUAGGACCGGUGUGCUUUGCUGCUGCUGUCUCUGUCUCUGUAGCCUGCCUGUGUGCCACAAUGCUGCUCCACAGAUGCUGCACCAUGUCUCUCCACAUGAUCAUGGGAGACCAUGUUUCACAGCAUAUGAAGUUCUGUCUUGGGGUUCUUACUUUCCUUCCUGUCUUUUUCUGAGCGCUUACUCUGAAGAUCCCCAGAGUCCAGUACUCUUUCUAUGGUGUUCAUUUAAAUCACUGUUUUUUGCUCUAUGGUAAGGAACUUAAUCAUAAGGAAAAGAGAGCAAGGAGACUUAAAUGAAUACUCUUUGAUUAACAUCGAAUAGAGGGAGCAGCUGCCACCCUUAGAAGGCAUGAAGGAAUCUCUGCUCUCCAUGCUGGAGACAUAGAUUUGCCCCAUUUCCUUUUUCCAUGAUCAGGUAAUAUUGACUUUCAGAUGACAUUAGGAGUGGUAACUGGAAUAGCUCUUAGAGUGUAGCAAAUUCUGUUUUCAUGAAUUAUUCUCUAGGUGAGUAUGUUUUUAGGAUUAAAGACCUUUUGCAGAUACUGAAAGUGCCUCCUUUUGUGGUAUAAAAAAACAAAUUAUGGUGCAAAAAGUAAUCAAUAGAUUGAAUCACAUGAAGGUUUUUUGCUUUUUGACAUAAAAAUGUCAAGAGACAGGCCAAAGAUUUGUACUUUUCACUUAUAAAGCACUCCUUUUUUUCCUUAGGAUUCUUUCUGUCGAAUCAGAUUUAAUGAGAGAGUACUAUUUUUAAGGAGCUAUCUGUUAAUGUAGAAUGAUUUUUGUUAAAAAGAGUACUGUAAAAUAUGAAUGAGGAACAGAGGCCCACAGAGGAUCGGGCAUUGUAGUAUUGAAAGGAGUCGCAAAUGACCAGGCUUCUGCUAGCAGACAUGACAGGUUUUACCAGAUGCAUAGGAAAACCAUCUCAGACAGUGCUGUCUUGCUCUUUUAAAGACCAUUUAUGUUUUUGUGAGCAUGUUGCAUAUUUCCCCAAAGCUUCAUUCCCUUGAGCUAAGAGUGGUACUUGCAUAGUUGCUGUAGAAAUUCUGCCUGCGUGGACCAACAUUGUGGCACACCAGCAAAAGCCAGCAUUUGGGGGCUAGCAGCCAGCCUGCAGAGACCCUGGGAGUGAUUUUUCGUUUGAUUUUGGUUCCCUCCUUUUCUCUGAAAUCAGCAAGGAAGGAAGGUUGAGCUCCUCCUUCUAGUAAUAGCUCUGAAGUGUCUGUCAUGUUUAAUAUCAGUUUUUAAUACAUGAUUCUAGUUGAAUGUAGAAGAGAGAAAAAAAGGGAGUGGAGUGCUCACAAUUUUUUAAUCCACUCAUUUCGAAUCUUGUAUCUUCUAUAUGAGUUCUGAGGUGUCCAUAGCAUUCUUUAUUUCUGCCCUUCUGUGAUAGUGUUGAAGCAGGUUGAAUAACCAGGCUUUUGAUUGUUUGUUUAAAAAAAAACCUAGCAGGCUAUUUCAUGUUUUCUUUGGAAUUUCUGGGUAAGUUGGAGGAAAUGUUGUGCAUGUCAUAUCUGGUAUACUUUUUCAUCUCAUUACAAGCAGGCAGACUUCUUUGUGUAUCUCUGCCAUCCUUAAAUACAGAAGUGAUUUCUCUCCUGACUUGGACAUUAUUGUUAUAUAUAAUGUUUUCAUUUGGGUUUGGCAAAUCCGUUGGGUCUAAUUCUGUGAGCACACCAUAGCACUGGGUGGUGAUGUCUGCAUCCUCUAAUUCUGUGAGCACACCAUAGCACUGGGUGGUGAUGUCUGUAUCCUCUCUUUAGUUCUCCAGUUAACUGUAAAGCUGUUGUAAGAGUAUAAACCAGCCCGGGACAGUUUUUGUAUAUGUUAAAGAACUUUAUUGUUCAGUUGUCAUGAUAAUUGUGCAAGGAAGACCGAUGCAGAUGCCUGUCUCUCCUGGACCAUGUCAAUGACACUUACGAUGUAUUUUGGUUCCACAUCACAGUGAUUUGUCCCUUAUGACCCUUUGACCCUUUCCAGGCACAUUUUUUGUGUGUGUGUGUUGUUGUUGCAGUUUUCUCCUUUGCGUUGUAUUGCUUUGACAACUGUAAUUUGAAUCAGAUCUGAAAGAGGUCCAGAAUAAAAUAUAUUUUGAUAUUAUGUUGGCUGUGUACAUAUAUAAAACCUUUGAUCCCCAUGUGGUUUGUAAAGACUAUUUAGUCAAGUAAAGAGAGGGAUGGUGUUUGUUUACAAUUUCCUGUUUACAUUUCAAUUGCUUUUAUCUCCCACUAAUCAGUGUAGAGUAAAUGAUUUUGCUCCAAGAGUCUUCCCUAUUACAACCUCUCAGUCCUAGCUCUCACUGUCUCCAGUGAGUAUAACUGCCAUGGGAAUCACUGUUUUCAUAAACAUUGUUUCCAAGAUGUAUACUUUAAAGAAGCCCAUAGAUGAAAUUAAAGUUUUUGCUAUUUUAUUACUUCUUGCAGGGGAUAAGAUUUUUUAAAAUGGAGGGAUUAUUUUCUAUAUUUGUUAAAUAAUAGCAUGUAAUAACUAAAAGAUCAUGAUGACUCCUAAGUGAUUUUGAAAAUGUGAUACUUUAUUUAGAGUGUUUCUGUCAUGAAUGAAGACUCGGGUUCACUGUUAGCUUCAUACGCAGUGACACAAGACACACCACAUGUGCCACUGAAGGCUUUCAGGGCAGGAGCUCCUCCCUCCACAUAAACAAAGCGCACUGCAGUGGUUAGCUAAUUGCUUAUAUUACUGCAAACAUAAUCUAUGAUGAAAGUCUCAAGGCACCCUUUCCAGCCUCCGUUACUCUCAACACUUUUAUAGUUACCAGAGACUUUUUCAGAAUAGAACCUUCGGACAUGUUCUUCAUUUUUUUAGUCAAGUUGCCUUCUCCAUGUCCACCUUUCUUUAGCUCCUCGAUAGGAACAGGCAAAUACAGCCUUGUCAUGCUGUCACUGCAGUUACUAGAGCUAACAACCUUUAGUUUUCAAGCAGUUAACUUAUAUUGCAUGGCAUAGGUUGUUAUUAGCAUUCUGUUUUUAUACUUUUCCAGAAAGCAUUGGGCUGCCAAGGAUUAGAGUCUGUAUGAGCCUGAAAUUUAAGCAGAAAUUCAUUGAGCCCAGCAUUGCAGGGGGGGUUACUUUUUAUUUCCUAGUUCUCAUACUUUAUCAUGAAUUAGGUUUCUUACCUACUAUAAUAUGUAGCUGACUAGGUUAAAGUUUACUGGGUUUUAUUUUUCCUAUAUAUUCACUUGAAAACUACAGUAGAAGAAAAGCCAUUGUGGACACUUGGUUUUGUGGUGCUUUUCUCUGCUGCACGCAGGCUCUGUUAACAGUGAAAAUGUUUAUCCUAUGCUACCUUUUCCUGCAUGCUUCUUUAAAUGUCAUCUACCAAUGCUUAAUUGUCCUAACUUGUAAUAUUUUUGUAUUAAAUUUUUUAGGAGUUCCUUGUAAUUUCUUUAUAAUUUAAAAUAUAUUAAACACAAAGUGUUUAGUAA